AUGAUCGACCGUCGCGUCGAGUCUCGACGCGACGCGUCGACCAUGGCACGGUGUCGAUGUUGGCCUUGCAGAUGGUGUAGCGCUUUGAGCGAGCGAAUGGUCUUGAGCUGGCUCCCGAGCAUCGGCAUUCGCCUUCAUGAGCCUUUGCCGGCAGCCGCCAUGGUGGAGGUGCGGCAGCUGAGAGUACCCUUGUCAGUGGCUGCGCUGAGCUUCUGCGUGGCAGGAGCUUUGCAGCUUUGGUGCUUGGUGCAAGGAUGGUACUUCUUGCUGCAGGGCCUCCCAUCUCAGUGUGAGGGCAUGCGGAAUUGGCUCAUUGGCUAUUGCCUGAGCCUCUCGAUGGUACCGUUUGCUAACGUCUUGGCCGUCGUCUCGUUGAUCUGGUGGGUCACCGCUGGGCACUCCAAGAUCAGUUCCGAGUGCCAAAACGUGGCGCCCUACUUGUCAGAGUUCCUUUGGGCUGUGCAGACGCGCGGGAUUUGGACGUUGAUUUGCAUCGUGAUUUUUGCCGCUGCUGUCUUCGUUCUCAGGAAGUUGACGCGGUCACUCCGCGAGGUUUGGGCGUCGGACGCUCCCACCCUGCAGAUUGUCAUUCAAGCUGUGAUCCAGGCACCGGCUGCAACGGUUCCAGCAGAUGCAGAGUGCGCCAUUUGCCUUGAGUCAGUGGAAGAGAGUGUUUGGAAAGCCUUGCCCUGUGAGCAUGCCUUCCACCAGGACUGCCUCUUGCGCUGGCUCCGCUGCGGCCGUCGCUGCCCCCUGUGUCGCCUCGAUCUGCAUCGCGCCUUCCUGGAGACCGCGGCACCCGCCGUGUCACCCGAUCCGGGCGAGGUGAGUGGAUGA